CUUCUCCUCAUGUUCUUGUCGUGGCUGCAGAGCAUUUGCAGCAUGGAUACAAUCUUUGAGAUUGGGCAGUGAUUGUGAUCCACCUUUUUUACGUCUGCUCCUGAGAAACUACGGUUGCAAUCAUUAAUGCACUUCGCAUUGAUUGGGUCGACACGAUUCAGAGGCUCUUCAUUGUGCGGGUAGACGGGUCCGAUAAAUUCGUUAUGGCUAAUGGUGCUAUGCGAAUAGCGUGCGGGGAGUGCACCUCAACCGCGUUGGAAUACCGAGAUCAUAUUUUAUGGACAUGAGUAGGGCUCGGUUUGUACUCCAUCUAUCUGACUUUGCUAUCUAUGUCAACUUCGUCUUUUGAAUCCUUAAACUUGGACGAGUUCUCUUUGGAGAACCCCGUCAACUCCUCCGCAGGCCGGCGCAGCCGCUUGGUGUAUUUGAGUCGUGAUAGUGCUCACUUCGCCAAAGUUGAAGAUCUUUUCAACAAAGGAUGGCGACAUGGCAAGAAAGUCAGGCCACACAUACAAGGAAUUUUUAAGAUCCUCUGGCCUGACAGCAGUCUUGAGCCAUAUCUACAGUACAGGGAGCAGGUGCAGGCCCGCGUAAGGGCUCGGAACGAGGCAGGGAACGAGAAGUUACUCUUCCACGGUACAAACAGGGCAUGUCUCCUGGGAGAAUCCUCGAGGAAUAUUCUCCUGUGUGGCCUCAACGAGUGCUAUCUUUGCUCCAUUUUGCGCGCAUCUUUUGAUGUAAAGAAAUGCGGCACGAAGAACGCUUUCAAAAGGUUUGGGCAUGGUAUAUAUACUUCUGCUUGUUCGUCUAAAGCUGACGAUUACUCUUGCAACUUGUCACAAGAUGCAUGUCUCCGCACCUUGCUAGUCAAUCGUGUUGUAGUUGGGAGGCCAUACAAACGGUACAGGAAUGCACCUGAUCUCGUAAGACCUCCCGAUGGUUUCGAUUCCGUUACUGGUGAGAUCGGCUGGGAUCUGAACCAUGAGGAAACCGUAUGCUAUACAAAUGACGCUGUGCGCCCUGCAUAUCUUAUCGUAUAUGGACAUAAGCCCAAAGAUUCGCUAAAGCCAAGCUUUAAGACCCUGAUGUCAAUGUUAUUCAAGACACCGUUAGUCUCAUGAACGAAUGUUCGACUUUACUGUUACAUCCAUGAUAAAGCAUGGGGAUGCUCGAGGGGAAUUACUUAAUUAUUUAUUCGAAGCAGCUACUACUGUUGUAAUACUACUUUUUGUAUGAUUAGCACAAUUUGAG